GUCUUUGAAUAUGGCGGACAAGAUGCUCCAACAGGUCAGCUGGACGCAGGCCCUUAAAGGCAAACGCAUCCGUGAGAGCGACAGCGACAGCGAGGGAGAGCAGACCCUCACAAUUGCGAAGACGCCUCGCGAGAAACCGGGAAAAAAGAAACCACGAGGCAACAACCCUGUAAAAAUGCCGAAGGGUAGUCCUCAAUCGGCUUCGGCAGCGCCUGGCACUCGCCCCACCACCGACCGACAGGAAUACGUGAUUCCGAAGCGGAACGUGUUCAGGGAGUCACAGAUGAACCGCGCCGAGCUCCCGCCUUCUCCUCCAGAGACACCAGUCGCCGCGCCGAGCUCGACUAACAAGUCAACCGAGACCCCAGUCAGCUCCGGCGCUCAGUGGCGUCACCUCGGCUUGUAUGAGUUCCCGCUGCAUGAACCCGAGAAGAUCAGCUUUCCACAGUAUACCUGGACCGUUGCAUGGCAAGCUGUAGAAAUUCACCAAGAUGCUAGCGCGUCUCUGCUACUUGCAGAGGAGAUCGCUCACAUGCAAAAGGAGACUACCGAGGAGUUCGCUCGUAUGCGAAAAGAAUUUGUCGAGUCGCGUCAGCAUCAGGUCGAUCCAGACCAAGAAGAGCUCAAGAGAAAGCUUGGGGUUGCUGAAAAUGCUCUUGCGAUCGAGCGACAUGAAAAGAAGGACCUUCAGAACAAGCUUGCGGCUGAGCGACAAGCCAAGAAGAUCUUUGAGGACGAGCUUACCGCUGACCGAAAAGCGAAGGUGAGCCUCCAGAACGAGCUUACUGCCGAGCAAAAAGGGAAAGCAUACCUUCAGAAUGAGCUUUCUCUGGAGCAGAAAUCGACCAAGUCCUUGCGAGAGAACCUCGCAACUGCUCGGCAAGAAAAGGAAGAUAUCAGCAAAGCGCGCAACAAGGAUGCUUCGGAUUACUCCACCAAGCUUGGAGAGCUCGAGAAGGAGAAGAGGGAUCUUUCCGAGAAGUUCAGUGCCGAGAAGAAGAAGUGCCAGGACCUUGAGAACAGCAACGGAGUAUACAAUCAGCAAUACCAGCAAUUCGAGGAGCAGAAGGUCCAGGUUAAGGAGCAAACAGUCGAACAAUGCAAGAACCACGUCCUGAAGGGUCUUGUUAAGCUCCUCGCAGAUUACUGGAAUGACAGCUCGCUCACAGUAGACAAUAUCGCUCCUGAGCUGCACGUAGCAUUCUUCGACGUGAUCGACGGUAACAGCAACUUCGAUCAGCUCGCAGACCAUGUCAAUAGCUACUACAAUCAGUUCCACUGGGAGCCUACGAAUAUUGAAGGCAGUAUUGAACAAGGCAUUGUUACAGAUGGCACUCAAAGAUCUGCCUCUGCAGUACCGCAACCUCCGACCCUCGACUGGCAGCAGCCUGCACAAGCGAAUACUCCGGCUUCUCAAGCCCUUGUACCUGUCUCUCAGCCAGUCGAAAUGGAGGUUGAGUCUACCCAAGUAGUCACCAAGACUCCCGUCGGCACGAUCCUGCCCCAGAUGUCGAUUGUAAACCCCAACUGGACGUGGAGUUCUCCAACACAACCGUCUUCCGUUAUUGGGGUGGGCUACGCAACGCCAGAAUCCAUGGAGGUUGAUACGACUAAGCCGCGCCGUAAGGUACCCUGCAAGUACUUCAGCUCUGAUCGUGGCUGCAAUAAAUGGGAGAAUUGCCCCUUCCUUCAUGAUGAAGCUGUGAACAGGCUUGGAAGCGCUGCGCCUGACCCGAUGGAGGUUGAGGCUUCCAAAAAGAAGAAGAUUUCAUGCAGGUUCAUCCGCAGCCCUGGCGGUUGCAAGCAGGGGGCGGCCUGCAUGUUCCGUCACCCUGCGAAUUCAUCGACACCGCAACAGGCUCCCUCCGCCGGUAUAGGCGCCAACACGGCGGAUCGGACGGAAAUCGAGACCCAAAUUCGAAAGCAGCUCCCAGAGUGUAGGUAUGCACGUCGCCUGGGUGGCUGCACACGCCAGAAUUGUCCGUUCACUCACCCUGCCGAUCCAACUGUCGCGCAACAAUCCUCUGCGACUGGCUUAAGUACCGAUACGACAAAUGCUAUGGAAGUUGAGGUUCCUAAUCAACGCCCACUUUGCAAGUUCAUGCUGCAUCCUGGCGGCUGCAAGAAGCGGGACACUUGCAAGUCCACUCACCCUGACGACUUCGACUGCUGCUUUGCUCCAGAGACCGUUGCUAUUCUGGAGCUGGAGGUACUACCAGCACAGCGAGCUCUUUUCCAGGCGAAGAGUGAAGAGGCUAAGCUUCAGCCUAUAGUGCAAAUGGUCCGAGGUUAUUACAAGUUCAUCGAUCAGAUGAUCGGUAGUGCGCGCCAGGCCUCCCUAAACCGCAAGAACAGGAUCAGCUUCAUGAAAAUGAUGGAUGGUCACAUCGGCGCCGUGGGAGUACUAAUCCACGACGCGCCACCGAGUCUCAUUCGCCGCUUCAACCUGCGCGCGAAUGGCUUCCUGGCUGUUGGUAGUAGCAUCGAUGGGUGGUUCGAUGCGGGAACCAACAUGCCGGAGGAUUGCAUAGACUCCUGGAUGCUCCUGAAGAUGUUCGAUCAGGUCAUGGUCGACAAGAUCCAACUGCCAGUUCAUAUCGCUUCGUCACCUGUUUCAACUUCUGCACCGCCUGCUUGGAACAAUGAGCAGAGCCAUGAUGAUAGUCGCGGUACUACGUCGCUUGGAGCCCUUCCAAUCUCGCAGCUUGAUCAAGACCUAGACGCCAUCAUCAGGUCGGGGGCUCAAAACGCAAACCAUCGGAGGAACAGAGCACCACCCCGAUCAUCCCGAAGCGUUCAGCCUUAUGGACGUCAUCGCGGUACCCAGCCCUCCCAUGGCGACCAUUUUGGCGAUGGUAACCGUCUAAAUUUGCGUGCGGUGAACAGUGGACGUAUUCAGAGGUCCACCUCACCCCGGCAACCUCCCACAGGUCCUCGUCAGCAGGCAUAUCCUGGCACGACAGAGCGCAACGUCUACGCCCAGGACCGCCAGCAAAAUGCCAUUCGGAGGACCACGUUCUCCCAGGCAAGUGAAAGGUCAGCACAUCCCGCGGCUGGGUUGAAUAAAUAUCCCGCACCAGAGGAUCCCCCAAGGAUUGAGGCCGGACGCAGCAAACCAGGAUUGAGGAGAACAUACAAGGAGUCAACGCCAGGAGAACGCACAUGA